AUGAAAAAAAUCAAUAAUCAUGAAUCUAAUCAAUUUAUUGAUUAUAAAACACGUCAAUUAUUAUUUUUUCAUUGUCAUUUAAAAUUAAUUAAACAAAUAUUUAUUAAAAAUAAUGAAACAUUUAAUGAAACUUAUGCAAAUUAUUUAUUAAAUAAAUAUUUAAAUAAACAUAGAAAAUCCAAAUGUAUCGCCUAUUUUCUUAUUGAUCGUAUACGUUUUAAACAAUAUAAAAAGGUAAUUUAUAUAAAACCAUUUCGUAAAGAAAUAAUUUAUCGUGAAAUUAAACAUUUUUUUAUAUUCCCUAAUUAUCCACAAUUAUUUAUGUUAUGUAUUAUAAAUGAAAAUAAUAAUCAUAAUCAUAAUAAUAAAAAAUCUUAUGAAUUAUAUCAAUGUAUGAAUUAUAAUGAUGUUAGUAUUGUAUGCCAUUUAACAUAUAAAGCAUCUAUUAAUUUAUAUCAUACAUUACAUGAUCCAAUCACAUUAAAUCAUUUAUUACAUAAUACUAAUCAUAAUUAUCAAUAUUAUUGUAAUUCAAAACAUCAAUUCAAUUAUUCAACAUUCAAUAAUUCAUUGAAUCAAACAAAUAAUCAUUUGAAUGUUAUAAAAUCAACCAAACAAAUUGAUCAUUCUAUUGUAAAGAAUAAUUCAAAUUUGAAUUCUAAUUCUAAUUUUAUCAUUCAUAAUUCCAAUGAUUAUUCAAUAAAUAAUAAUAAUAAUAAUAAUAAUAAUAAUAAUCAUUAUUUAAUUAAAAAAGGAUCAAUAAAAAGUACAUCAAAUUUAGUAUGUUCUAAUAAUUUACAACCAAAAUUUUAUUCAUUACAUAAUUUAUAUUCAAAUAAAUCAGAAUAUAUUAAUCCAAAGAUGAAUAUAACUAAAAAUCAUGUAUAUAGUGAUUAUUCUGCAAGCAAACUGUUCCCUAUCCCUUACAAUAAUAAUAAUAAUAAUAAUAAUAAUAAUGAGCAAAAGCAUAGUUAUAUCAAAGAUAAUAAAUUAUAUAAACAAAAGACAUUAAAUUCAACGUCUUCAACAUCACCAUUAUCAUUGACAACAUUUAAUGAUGAUUAUGAUUUCAACAAAUAUAUACAUACAAAACAAGAUAUAUAUUCUACAAAUUAUCCUAUGAAUACCAAGAGAAAUUCAAUUGAUCUUAAUCAACAUUUAAGUCAACCAUUAGAUUGUAAUCAUGAUGUUAGAAUGUUAAAAACAUUGACAAUACCUACAGGAAAUAAAGUUUAUUAUCGUAAAAAAGAUUUAAAUAUUUAUCAUGACAAUGUGAAUGUGAAAAUGAAUGAUUAUGGUUUUUACAAUGAUUAUGAUGAUGAUGAUAAUGAUUAUAAUCAUCUUGAAAAUAAACUCAGGAAGUGUAAAUCUAAUAUUGAUAUAGGGUCAGCUGAUACGACUUAUUUAUGUUAUGAUCCAGUUGUUGGUAUACGUAUAAAUAAUAAGGGCCCAAUUUAUAUGUAUAUGGCACGUUAUAAUUCUACUGUAAUAUCAUCAAAUCAUGAUUGUGUAGAUUUGGAAACUUAUUGA